AUGGAAGCACUUUUCUUCAAUGUCGAUAAUGGCUUUCUCGAGGGAAUUGUAAGGGGUUACAAGGCAGGUAUCCUCACUCAAAACCAAUAUAAUAACUUGACACAGUGCGAAACACUGGAAGAUUUUCGAACACAGUUGUCUGCAACAGACUACGGUAACUUCCUCGCCAACGAGCCUUCACCAAUCUCGACUUCAACCAUCGCGGAUAAGGCGACACAAAUCUUGGUUGACCAGUUCAAUUAUUUGAGGAACAAUGCAGUACAACCAUUGUCCAAGUUUUUGGAAUAUAUUACAUAUGCCUACAUGAUCGACAAUGUCGUUUUGCUAAUUACUGGAACGCUGCAUGAACGCGACACCCACGAGCUGCUUGAACGCUGCCAUCCUCUGGGAGAGUUUGACACUAUGGCAGCUCUAUGCGUGGCUACAAAUGUCGAGGAAUUGUACCAAAGUGUCUUGGUAGAAACCCCCCUUGCUCCGUAUUUCCGGGAUUGCCUUUCUGCUGCUGAUCUUGAUGACCUCAACAUUGAGAUUAUUCGUAACACUGUUUACAAGGCCUACCUUGAAGACUUCUACAACUUCUGCACCACACUUGGAUCACCAACUUCAGAUGUAAUGCACAAAAUUUUGGAAUUUGAAGCUGACCGGCGUACUGUGAACAUCACCAUUAAUUCCUUCAACACCGAGCUUUCAAAGGAGCAGCGCGCCAAGCUAUUCCCCUCCAUUGGACGUCUCUGGCCCGAAGGCAACAACCAACUCGCAAGGGCAGACGAGAUGGAUCAAGUUCGUAUUGCAUGCGAAAGUGUCUCCGAGUACAGGUCCUUUUUCUCUGAGGCGGGCUCAUCGCAAGGCAAUGGAACCGGGAACGGAUAUGACGAACAUGCCGCCGCAUCCUACCUCGAAGAUCGAUUUUUCCGUACUGAGGUGCACCUGAACAAACAAGCUUUCUUGCAACAGUUCCAAUACGGCAUUUUCUAUGGUUAUAUGAAACUGAAGGAGCAGGAGAUCCGCAACUUGACCUGGAUCGCGGAAUGUAUCGCUCAAGAUGCGAAGGACAGGAUACAGGACUAUAUACCCAUUUUCUGA